AUGGCCGCUUCUCCUGCCGUGCUGCUUCCGCUCCUCGCCCUUGCCAUCAUCUGCGCGGUCGCCACAGCUCACAUGCCAGCAGGGGAGCGUGGGGAUCCCCAGAACGCGGGCAUUCAAGAGCGCAGUGCAAGCGACGCUGUGACUGCCAGAAGCCUCAAAAGCGACACCACUGCGACAAGCGGGAACGAGAGCAUGCGCGUGGGGAUCAUGGUGCUGGGAGUGAGCCUCCCCGUCAGCUUCAACGCCCUCCGCUGCUUCAGCCUUCCCCGGGCGGUGCGCAAGGGGGAGAAUGACGUGCAGGUGUGGUGGCACGGGCUCACAGGCGGCAGCACGGGCGGCAGCACGGGCGGCGGCGGUUCACGCGGGAAGGACCGGGCGGGUGCGGCGUGCAAGCAGGUGCAGUUCUUUGCCAGCCCGGCGUGCAAGGGCAAGGCGCUGCAGGAGGUGCUGCAGCCGCCGUAUGCCAACCUGCGCCGAUUCUUCCACGUUCCCAGCUCAAAGAAGAUCCCUCAAUGGACUUCCGUUUCCUGCAAAGCUGACAUCACCUGUCAGCAUGCCACCUGUCCCACCAACUCCACGUGCAUGCCAACGACUGACGGCAAGGGUGUCACGUGCCCGUGCAACCACGGCUUUGCUGUUGUCAAUGGCACUUGCCUAGACUUGUGUGAUGCGGUGAAUUGUGGGCCUGGCGGCAAUUGCAUGAAGGAUGCAAAUGGAAAGCCAUUUUGUAGUUGCAGUACGGGCUUUAAGGCUUCAAACGACAUGCUCUCUUGCAUUGACUUGUGUGAUGCGGUGAAAUGCGGCCCUGGUGGCAAUUGCACGAAGGAUGCGAACGGAAAGCCAUCCUGUAGUUGCAGCAUGGGCUUUAAGCAAUCUUCUGACGAGCUCUUUUGCAUUGACUUGUGUGAUGCGGUGAAUUGUGGGCCUGGCGGCAAUUGCAAGAAAGAUGCGAGUGGAAAGGCAUUUUGUAGUUGCAACACGGGCUUUAAGUCUUCAGAUGACACACUCUCUUGCAUUGACUUGUGUGACGCGGAUGGCUUUAAGCCGUCUUCUGACGAGCUCUCUUGCAUUGACAAUUGUGAUGCUGUGAAUUGCGGGCCUAAUGGCAAGUGCGUGAGGAAGGAGAACGGGGAUCCCACCUGCGCGUGCGACCCGGGCUUUGAGAUGCCUCCAAACGAACUACGGUGUGACUCACCCUGUGGCACGUGUCCCUCUGGAGCUGCCUGUAAGACAGUCCACACUAGUGAUGACAGUCCCAAGCAGGCGGAGGUUCUGUACUGCGAGUGCCCCACGGGCUUUGGGAUGACCCCAACAGAAUGCAAGGAGGGCUCACCUGAUAAUGCAGGUGCCACCAGCGUGACACUCUUCAUGGAUAGAAGCAAGCCUUAUACUGCCCGCUUGAAAAAUGGCUGCACUCAAGUUCCGAAUGAGGUGGUUGGGGUCAUCAAAACCGCAAACUUGGUGGUGGGCGUCGGUGGUGCGGCCGGUUGUUUCCGCGUCAGAAUUUUUCCUGACGAUAACUGCAGCUCGAAGUUGGGCCCACAGCUUCAGCUGCCUAGUCCAAGUGUGUGGGCAUUUGGGUUCCUCAUCCCCCCACAAGUCCGCUCGAUCUCGUGCUUUGAUGCUUGA